CCGACGUGCUGCGGUUUGCUGCUCGAGACAGGCAACUUCGCCGCCGGCCUCACGCUGACCGCUGCCAACACGUGCUUCGUGCUCGAGCCGCAGCUCGACGCAGCGCUGCAGGCGCAGCUCGAGGGACGUGUGCACCGCCCAGGGCAGACCCGCGUCGCGAAGAUUGUGCACCUGUACACGCCCGGCACCGUCGAGGAGCGCGUCGUGCAGCUUCGUCG